UUUAGCGGUGCAGGUAAUAAGAGAAAGAAAGCGUCAAGAAACCCUAAAUAAAUCAGCAAAUGUUUCCUUUUUCCCUAACAAUAAAAAAUAAAUUAAAUUUGCAUCCGAAAAUUCACGAAUUAGAAACGCAUCACUUUCUCUACUGCAAAAAUUUCUGCAAUGGCGGAGGUCUCCGAUCUCCAUCGUCGCCGCCAGCCGCCGUCGUCACGAAGUCCCGCUUCCACCACCAUUGGGCCCCACCAGGGGGAAGACGUUCAUCCAGAAGACGACGACGACGACGACUUCUACCAUCAGGCCAACCCCUUUCUCUUGGAUUUCGAUUCGUUCCCCCCUCCGAUUAAUUCUUCGAAUCCAUCACUCUUCGACGAUUACGCUACGACGUUUGAUUUAGGGUUCGAUCUGAACGCAGAGGCCGUGAAUCUCGGAUGCGAGUACCAAGACCCUAAUUGCUUCUUCUUCGGUGGCGAGGAAGACGACGAGCAGAUGAAUUUCGUUACAGAUCUGUUCGAAACGCGGCAGCCCCACGCGGCGGAAGACCUAAUUUGGGAGCUGGGUUCGGGCCGGGCGGACGAUUCGGCUCGGGAAUUCGGGUUCGGGCCGGGUCUCGGGGCGAGCAUGGGUCUCCGGGCGGCGGACAUAGAUUCCGAUUCCGAUUCCGAAGAAUUCGAGGUAAUUCAGGGUUUAAUGGAUAACGAUGACGAUAAUUUCGAAAGUUUUGGAGUUAGUAACCAUAGCUAUUACACUAGUGAGAAUGACCGAGAAGAGUUCGAAUGGGAGGAGGUGAGUGAAAGAAUCAAUUUUGACGAGAGGGAGAAUCUGAAUUUGGCAAUCAAUCAAAUCGAAGAAUUAUCCGUUUCGUCCGAUCUUUCUUCUUCGGAAAUCGAGAACUCCAUUUUCGGCGACGACGACGAAGAAGCGUUAGAAGAGGAAGAGAGGAAUGUAGAAUGGGAGUUUCUGUUGGCAGUGAAUAAUUUGGAGAGGACUUCAGAUUUCGAUGGCUCCGAAGAGAAUAACAAUGGCGGGAGUGAAUUGCCGCGUAUCAAUCUUCCGGAAGAUUACAUUUUGACUAUGGAAUACGAUGCCCUUUUCGGUCAAUUGGUGGAGAACGAGAAUGCAUUAAAGGGCAGCCCUCCAGCUGCGAAAUCCGUGGUGGAGAAUCUGCCAUUAGUGGUGUUGACAAAGGAAGAAUUUGGCGGGGAUGAUAAUAAUGUCGCUGCUUGUGCAGUGUGUAAAGACGAAUUCGCCCUUGACGAGAGUGUCGCUAAGUUGCCCUGUUGUCAUUUAUACCACGGGGAGUGUAUUUUGCCGUGGCUGGAUAUUAGGAACACGUGUCCGGUUUGUAGGUAUGAAUUGCCGACCGAUGAUGCGGAUUACGAGAAGAGGAGGAGCAACAGAGUUGGUAGUGGAGUUACUGCUAGUUUGAUCAACGAAUUUGAGGUGAGGUACAAUUUUGAACUUUUGCCUUGAAAAGGGUAUUUCAGUCAUUUAGAAUAUAUGGUUUUCUUUUUCUUUUUCGGUAUGUAAAAAAAUUGUUUGUUUUUAAAAUGGCGAGGUUGCAAAUGUUUCGUGUGGAUAUUAUAUUACAUGGGAUUAUAUGGAUCCGAUGAUUGAGAAUAUAGAACUAUCUUGUUGUCCACAUUGUUUACGAUCCCUUUAAAUAAGUGUUGUUUUAGAUAUUUUGUGAUUGUAUCGACGAACAAUUUUUUCAAUGCGAUAGCAAUGAUACUAAAUCAGUUGGUAUUCUUCCGAAAAUAGUGUACGACUAUUGACAAGAUGAGUUUUUUUUU